CGUUUCAUUUCACUUUCAUCAGCUCAGCACUCCGCCCUCCCUCCUCUCCAAGCUGACACGACGCCCCUGUCUCUCGCCAGCCCCACCAACCUCUCUAGCCCCCACCCCCGGUCACACUCCAUUUCCCUUGUCUCUUAUUUUUCACAAUCCUCAUACUACCUUGCAUACGUUACACUCCAUAUAUACUGCUAUGUCCUGAGAGAGAGGGAAAUUCCUCCGCCCUCAUUCUUCACUCAAACAAACACACACUCAUGGUGAGCAUUGUUAAAUCCAGCCCCCUGCCCCCCAUGCUCUUCCAAACUUGAACCCAAAAAAUAAAAUAAAAUAACCAAAAUAUUUCCAACCACACUGAUUUUUUACUUCUGGGUUCUGUAAAAUGUCGGCUAUUAGCGCCACCACAUGCCCAGCUGACAUAGAAUCGGCCGACAAUUCCGCUGCUGCUGCUGCUGGUAGUAGCACUAGUCUCCGCCGCCACCGCCGACGCCGCCGCCGACGGAGGCCGAGGCCAUCCGUAGCUGCCAGCAGCGAGACGACAACUGACGGGAGCUUUCGCUUCUCCGACACCGAGGACGACAGCCGUUCGUUGCAUUCGCAGCUUGGUGGGUCGUACGAGGAAUGCCGGUUCUCGACAGAGUCGGAGGGUAUUUCGGUGCCGAAAAGGCAUAGCAGCCGAAGAGGGUCCUCUACAGUUUCCGAUGAAGAGGAAGAAGGGAUGGUGGAUUUGGAGGGUGGUGAAUUGGAGCUCAAAGUUCAUAGUAAUAGAGCCCAGAAAAGAGAGUGUAGGAUUUGUCAUCUGAAAUUCAGUGUUGCCAGGAGUGGUAAUGCCGGCGGCGGUGACCAGAGUAAUAUUAUUGAAUUGGGAUGCAGUUGUAAAGGGGAUUUGGGUUCAGCCCAUAAGCAAUGUGCUGAGACUUGGUUCAAGAUGAAGGGCAAUACAACUUGUGAAAUUUGCGGCGCCCCUGCAAUGAACAUUGCUGGAGAACAAGCAACCGAGGUGAACAGUGGCACUGGUAUAGCUACUGCAGCAUCAACAGCACCUGUGGUCUUCUCCGAGACCCGAGGUUACUGCCAUGGCCGUCGUGUCAUGAAUUUUCUGCUUGGGUGCAUGGUUUUUGCCUUUAUAAUCUCGUGGCUUUUUCACUUUAAAAUACUGCCAUGAGUCCGGAAGAGCAGCAGCAUCUGGAUCAGAGAGCACAAGGAGAUCUUCGCAUGUGUGUGUAAUAGGAAUAGGCAGUAGAGUUUGCAACAAUCACUGGGAUUUUAUUUAUAGUGUGUAAAUUAUGCCGAGGACUCUGUACCAUUUCUUGCUAAUUGUUAGAUUAUCAUUUUGUAUGCUGCGGGAGAUGAGAUGAUUUGAUGUGUUGAUUAUAU